GCCGUACUUGAAACGUCAUUCAGAAUCUCAAAUACCAGCCUUUGCAUCUAUCCAAAAGUCCCAUUUUCUAUAUUAUUCUUUCUUUAUUUCACUGCUAUCUGACGCCUGACUACCCUGCUACACUGUUUCUUUUCUCCUCUCCCACGCAAGUGGCAACCACUAAAAUCCAAUUCCCGUUCUCACAAUUUUCUCAGGUUGUCGACCUUUUUAACAUUUAACAAUGACGCCGUCUUUCCAUCUGCAUGCAUGUGCUAUCUUCUGCUCAUUGGGCCCCACACCCCCAUCUCACCGUGAUCACCCUCUGUUCCCAUUUACCAUGCCUGCUGCACAUGAUCCUCAUCUCUAUAAAUUCUCACUUGUUCCCUCCCCGUUUAUCUUACUCUUCUCCAACUCUCUCUGCAAACAAAUUCCCACUUCCAAAAUUUUUAUAACUUUUCAAUGGCUUCCCACUCCUUUCAAGUUCCUUUCUCUUUGCUCUUUCUCUCUCUUUCGCUUCUCUUUUCAGGUGUUUACACGGCGACGUUUACCAUUACGAAUAAGUGCAGCUACACGGUUUGGCCGGGCAUUUUAUCAAGCGCCGGCACCGCACAGCUCUCCACCACUGGCUUUUCUCUCCAGCCGGACGAGUCCAGCACCAUUUCCGUUCCGGCCUCAUGGUCGGGUCGGUUAUGGGGUCGAACACUUUGCUCCCAAGACUCCACCGGGAAGUUCUCUUGCAUUACCGGAGACUGCGGCUCAUCCACCGUGGAAUGCGCUGGUAGAGGAGCCGAGCCACCGGCAACUUUAGCCGAGUUCACUCUCAAUGGGGCGGGUGGGCUUGAUUUCUAUGACGUCAGCUUGGUGGACGGUUAUAAUUUGGCAAUGACGGUUGUGGCUCAAGGAGGAAGCGGAGGGAACUGUUCGACCACCGGAUGUGUUGGGGACUUGAAUGCUGCAUGUCCUUCCGAGCUCAAGGUGAUGGAAAGCGAGGAAAGAGUGGCGUGUAAGAGCGCGUGCGAAGCAUUUGGGGACCCACAGUAUUGCUGCAGUGGGGCCUAUGGCACUCCGGAUGCCUGUAAACCCAGCUCAUAUUCUGAAUUUUUCAAGAGUGCUUGCCCACACGCUUACAGCUACGCUUAUGACGAUGGAACCAGUACCUUCACUUGUGCAUCUGCAAAUUACGUCAUCACUUUCUGCGACACUCUUCCCACCAGUUUGAAAUCGUCGAAUGGCCAAUAUCCUGUUGCGGUCCACGUCAUCUCUGGUUCUCGAAAAACGACACCGAUUUUUAUUGGUUUCGGAAUCACUAUUUUGGCAGCAGUUUGGCAGCUGGGAUGGAUACUUUGAAAAAACGCCAUGCCGUCUAGUGGAGGGGGAUUGAAAGGGUUGGGAUUUUUUGUCUGGUUGGCCACUGGCGGAUCGUGGUCCGGACCCAAAAGCCAGACAGUGGAGCCCACAUUUCAAUUAUUGGUUAGGGAGAUUGCAACUUGUUACCAAGGCCCGACUGGUGUGCAGUACAACUGAUCAGAGGCUUCAAGGAUGGGCUUUGAAUUCUUUGCAAAUUGAAGCGACAACUUUGGAAGAUGUGGCCCUUUACCAUAAAAUAUUUGCAAGUUGAAAAGUUUUUUAAUUAUAAAGAAAGAGCAAAAUUUAUAUUCUAUAUUUUCUGUCGAGAAUUGACGAGUCCGAGCAAAUAUUGUAAAUUUAAAUAAGCAAUUUGUCUCGAUGCAAUGACGUAAUGAAAUCGCGUUUUCAAUUUACAA